AAUUAAAUUAAAUUGAAAAAAAAAAAAAAAAUCAAAGACAGAGGAGCAGAGAGACCUGAAUGCGCUACUAACUCAUAGCAAAAAGAUCCAUACUUUAUCAAUCGUAUCGUCUUCUUCACCGGUGAAUCCUUCUUCUCCAUCUUCUCCCUCUCCAUUGGUAAUCAGAUUCGUCCCUAAAGUCUCAACCUUUCUCUCUCAAAUGGAGAACAAACCGAGCGUCCUAACCGACAGAUACGAAGUAGGGCGUCUCCUCGGACAAGGAACCUUCGCCAAAGUCUACUACGCCCGCAGCGUCCACACAAACGAGAGCGUCGCCAUCAAGAUGAUCGACAAGGACAAGGUCCUCCGCGUGGGCCUCAGCGACCAGAUCAAGCGCGAGAUCUCCGUGAUGCGCAUCGCCAAGCACCCCAACGUCGUCUCCCUACGCGAGGUCAUGGCCACCAAGUCACGCAUCUACUUCGUCAUCGAGUACUGCAAAGGCGGCGAGCUUUUCAACCGAGUCUCCAAAGGUAAGCUCAGAGAGGACGUCGCCUGGAAGUACUUCCACCAGCUCAUCGACGCGGUCGACUUCUGCCACAGCCGCGGCGUCUACCACCGCGACAUCAAACCCGAGAAUCUUUUGCUCGACGAUAAUGAGAAUCUGAAAGUUUCUGACUUUGGUUUGAGCGCGCUUGCGGAUUGCAAAAGAGGGGAUGGGCUUUUGCAUACGACUUGUGGGACCCCUGCUUACGUGGCGCCGGAGGUGAUUAGUAGGAAAGGGUAUGAUGGGUGUAAGGCUGAUGUUUGGUCUUGUGGUGUUGUCUUGUUUGUGCUUUUGGCUGGUUACCUUCCGUUCCAUGACUCUAAUUUGAUGGAGAUGUAUAGGAAGAUUGGGAGAGGGGAUUUCAAGUGUCCCGGUUGGUUUGCUCCCGAGGCGAAGCGGUUGGUUUGUAAGAUGCUGGAUCCUAACCACGAGACGAGGAUCACGGUUUCGAGGAUCAGGGAGAGUUCUUGGUUCAGGAAAGGCUUGCAUUUGAAGCAGAGGAAGAUGGAGAAGCAGCAACUCAGGGAGGCUGCUGUUCAUGUUCCUAUUCCAAUGGAGGUUGGAGAGAGUUCGGGUUCGAGCGAGAACGGGGAAAGCCGCCGCCGGGAAGAGCCGCCGGCUCAGCUUGCGUACUUGAACGCUUUUGAUAUCAUCAGCUUGUCUGCGGGGUUUGAUCUAGGGGGGCUUUUCGGGGAUGCUGCUGGCAAUGACAAGCGAGAGUCUAGAUUCGCGUCGAGGAAGCCUGCUGGUGAGAUCAUCUGUAAGCUGGAGGAGGUGGCGAGAGGUUUGAAUCUGAAGAUAAGGAAGCAGGACGCGGGGCUGUUUAAACUCGAAGGGUCCAAGGAAGGGAGAAAAGGAGCGUUGUCGAUGGAUGCGGAGAUAUUCCAAGUGACGCAGACGUUUCACCUGGUCGAAGUGAAGAAAUGUGACGGGGACACCGUGGAGUAUCAGAGGCUGGUGGAGGAGGAUCUUAGGCCUGCUCUGGGAGAUGUAGUCUGGGUUUGGCAAGGUGAUAAGGAGAAGGAAGAGCAGCAGCUAAAGCGUGGUUUGCAGGAUCAACAAGAAGUAGAACAACAAAAUCUUGAACCGUUGUAGCAGAGAACAUGAAGAAAAAAGAAGAAACUCUAUUAAACUUGAGCAUCAAGAACAGUCACUCUAAGGUGACAAACGAAAGGAAAAGAGGUAGAAAGAGGGAACAGUUACAUAACUUGAUUCUUUACAAUAGCAGAGAUAGUUCACCCUUUUGUUUACUUGAGCUUCCUAUAUAACUUUCUUAAGGUUUUGUCAGCACAGCAGCAAGAAUGUGCGUACGUGUUGUGUAAAGCAAAUCCUUGUUUUAAGUGUAUAAAACAAGCAAAAUCUUAUACAGCUGUUGUUUUCAGAACUCCAUGAGAGGAUUUUGAGAAGUCAAUAGACAGUUGCAUGUAAACACUGGGGAUUAAACACACACAAUAAACAAUGUGCAUUUGACUUUGUUUUAAACAUUCUGUGAUUGAAAGAACAUUUGGUGUUUGGAAAGCGAAGUGGAGGAUUUUAGAUAGAAAACAUCCGAAGUAUGAUGUUAAAAAGUGGGUGAAGAUUGUGACAGCAACUAUGGCACUUCACAAUUUUAUUCGAGAUUCAUCUGAUGAAGACCGUGAUUUCACUUAUUGGGAAACAGUAAGUGAGUAUGAACAUCAUGGUAACCAAGACCUUGAGCAUACUGAAUACCUUCCAUCUGGUGAUAGAGCAAUGGAGAUUCGACGUGAUGCAAUCACUGAAAAGGAUAGCAAGAGGAAGUCGACUUCCAUAUUAGCUUCACAUGUUAUAUGUAUCGUCUCGAGCUGUCACUUUCCUCCAGGUUUGAAUGUUCAAGACAUUUGAAGAUCUUCUUGAAGUCAGGGAUUAUGUUUACUAUUGUUCAGACUUUGAGUGUUUGAGUGUUUAGUGUUUUAAGUCAAAACUUUGAGUUUUUAUUUUUUAUUUCAAGACUUUGAGUUUUUAAGUUUAAUGUUUAUUAUUGUUACUUUUGAAUGUUAUAAAACAUGAAAAACUGAAUUUAAUAUUUAUUUUUAUUUAUGUA